GGCAGCGGAGGUAGUCGGGGUGGGACGAUAGAGCGCGUUCUUCCUUCCUUUUUUUUUUCGCCUUCGUUCGACUAGCAGGCGUUGGGACUCUCGAGAGACGCGACGAAUUGAAGAAGAGAGAUUCCCGAGAGGAGGAGGUUGCGGCGUCGGGCAGCUAUGGCGGCUUCGUGUGGUGGCGGCGGCGGGAGGCGGGGCCUGUUCUCCACCCCUACGUUCUUGGUGGCUAUGGUCGUCGUCCUCCUCUUUCAACAGCACGCCAUGUCCGUCGAUGCCUAUGGUCUGGCCGAUUUCCUCGCUGCGUACAACAACCCCAACGUGUCCUAUCACGAGGUGAAGGCCGACAUCGCUCUCAAGGCCUCCCUCCCUGCCAUCGACAGAGCACUGACGCUGGUCGGCAAAGGCCCCAAGCCAAGCAAGCCUGUUGUCAUCGACGGGAGCUCAAAGUUCGCGGGAAUUGUCACUCAGGCGGACAUCAAGCUCGUCAACCUGGAGUUCAGAAACUUCCGCUCCGCUAGUGGCGGCGCUCUCUCCGCCAGUCUGGCCAAGGCGUUCAUCGACAAGUGCAUUUUCCGCAACAACCGCGCCGGCGGGAACGGCGGCGCUCUCGACUUCUCCGACACGGGGAUUACAGUCCGACGGUCGCAGUUCGUCGGCAAUCGCGCGUCGGGAUCGGGCGGGGCCAUCUACACAUUCACCGAGGACUACGGGCGCAUCGAAGACUGCAUCUUCGACGGCAAUUCGGCGGGGAGUGGCGGCGCCUUGGCACUACGAAAGAACAUCGGGAUCUGGGUCCGGAAGUCCACGUUCCGCAGUAACAAAGCGAGCGAUCAAGGUGGCGCCAUCUACUUCAGCCGAGGGUUGGCGACAUUGUCGGGCAACAAGUUCAUCAACAACGUGGCGGGAUCUUUUGGCGGCGCAUAUCGCUUUUACGGAGAUGAGGAGGGGGUGCUCAGCAUCUGCCGAGGCAAUUCCUACUCGGGCAACAAGGCGAAACCCGCCACGUCGAACAACGUUUAUCUUAUGGUCGUCAGCUCCGACCCCAACUUUCCCAACGUGUUCUACUGCGGAGCAUUGCCGCCGUCAACUCUGGUUAACGCCACAAAUGGCGGCGUGGCGAACAAUUGCAAAGACUGCUGAGCGUUACUGUUUUCUGUUUUCAUUUCUUUUAGAAAGUUUAAUGCCUAUGUUCUUCUCUCCUGAAGUUCAUCUUCCCCCGCCCCCCCCCUUUAUCUCGUCAUCCAACGGUAAAAAAUGCGAGUUUCGUUUCCGAAGAUGGCGGCAUCCCUCUCUCUCUCUCCCUCUCUCUCUCUCUCUCUCUCUCUCUCUCUUUCUCUUUCUCUUUCCCUCGCUCUCUCUCUCUCUCCGUCCCUCCAUCCCUGUCUCUCUCUGUGUCUCUCUUAGGUACUCUUUUCCUCCGGCUUCUCACUGAGCAGGCAUGAAGACGAAAUGUCGCCUCUGCUGACGGUCAGAAAUGCGAGUUUUGUUCUUCGGCAUCGCUCUCUCUCUCUCUCUCGCUCGCUUUCUCUCUCGCUUUCUCUUUCUCUUUCCAUCCCUCUCUCUCUCUCUCUCGCUCCCUCCCUCCCUUUGUCUGUUUCUCUCUCUUGGGUACUCUUUACCUCUGGCUUCCCACUGAGUUCAGUCACGAAGAUGAAAUGUCGCCUCUGCUGCUGAUCCAAUUUGUAAGAUUGUUUUCUGCUGAACCGUGAGAGAGCCGUUUUUCUUUAACCCCUUUUUAACCUAAAUAAGAAAGAGAGAAGGAAUCCGAGAAGAAGGAAAAAGAAGCGGAGGAAUUGUGUGGUGCAUCGAUCAUUACUACGUAGCCUUCGAUUGGAUAGCACUUUGAAUCUGGUCCGUUCAUUGGUGAAGACGGGAGGGGUCCUUGCAACCGCUCAGAGACAUGGACAAAUAAAUGUGGCAUUUGUACCUUCCCGCGUGGCGUGGCGGGAAAAUCCUAGUGGCGGGAAUUGCAAUCAAGUACUGACUUUGGCGGGAAUUGCAUUAAAGUAUAUAGAAAAAAAAAUUCGAUUUGGAGGGUUUCUUUAAAUGUCAAUCUGAAGCUGUAAUUGCUUCCUUUUUGAUGCUUCAUCAGCUUUCUCAUUCGGUGGUUCCUUUUUCGGAAAUAUUCUGCAAUAAUGCACGCCUGAUUUAAAUGACCGAGUAGGAGCGCGCCAAAACUUGACACUGGAGGGAGGUGCCGUGCUCGAGUCCGAAAGAUGCGGCAUUUAUUACUAGCCCCUCCCCCCUUGUUUUUCUUUCUUCUAUUUAGGGGGAAUAAAAAAAGAUAUAUCAUUAUUCUGUUUAAAUGCGAUUUCGCCCUUACAUCCCAUGGAACUGUGCCCUCUCCAAAAAUAAAUAAAUAAUAAUAAUAAAAUAAAAAUGAUGCCCUCCCUUCUCGUCAGUAAAUGCAAUUGACGUGG